AUGUCUACACAAAGUUUUCCAACACUGAUUGAUGUUUCACAACGAAUAACUAUAUAUGUAGGUUCAACUAUAUUCAUUUUUGGUAUCAUCGGCGGUUUGCUCAAUAUCAUUGUAUUUCUUAGUCUACGAACUUUUCGUGAAAAUUCCUGUGCAUUUUAUUUAAUUGUGAUGUCAUUUGUUAAUAUUGGUAAUUUACUUACAGGUUUACUUUCUCGAAUUCUUAUCAGUGGAUUUCAACUUGAUUGGACAUUGAUUUCAUCUUUCUAUUGUAAAUUCAGAUGGUAUGGUCUUCAAUUUUGUGUGUUGACCUCAUAUACAUGUACAUGUUUGGCAGCAAUUGAUCAAUUUAUGUCUACAUCUGCUCGUCUUCGAUGGCGUCAAUGGAGUAAUAUCAGAACAGCUCAUUGUUUGACGCUAAUAUUUAUUAUUAUUUGGCUUUUUCAUGGAAUUCUAUAUUUAAUAUAUUUUGAUUUAGUUCAAUGGCCAAUUCCAGGCCGCAUUGCCUGUAAUAGUGAUAAUGUUACCUUUCGACAAUAUCAUAUUUAUGGUUAUAUUACUACUCUUGCAUGUGUUUUACCUCUUAUAAUUACUUGUGUUUUCGGACUUUUAGCUCGUCAUAAUGUUAAAAAUUUAGCACAUCGAACAGUACCACUUGUACAACGUUAUUUAGAGAAACAAUUAACAAAGAUGGUUCUUAAUCAACUUCUUUAUAAUUUUAUUUUUACUUUACCAUAUACUAUUUUGACAAUUCUGACAAUAUUUCUAACUAAUGUAAAGGAUCCAGCUAGUAUUACAAAGUUAGAUUUUGCAAAUGUUACGACCAUUCUUUUAUAUUAUUUGAGCUUUGCAUGUCCCUUCUAUAUUUAUAUUUGUACAUCUGAACGAUUUCGUCAACAAUUAAAAUAUGUGUUAGUGGAUGUACAUCUUAGACGAUGGCGAGGACCAGAAAUAGCUACCAAUCAAAUAGCACCAACUUCACGAGAAAGUCCAUAA